AUGACUCAUAAAAAGGAACUCCUCUUAUUCUUUUAAUCUUUGAUCAUUGUUCUCUAUCUCUUGAACCAUUUAAGAAUCCUAUUUGUACAUCUAAGGGUCAUAUAUUUGAUAUAGCCAAUAUGGUACAAUUUAUUAGAUAAGACCAAAGAAAUCCAAUCUAUGGAUACUUUCUUAAAAAUAAUGAUUGAAUCAUAAACUAAUAAAUGGCAAUUUCACUAUGCAAUAAAUAUAUAUAUGUUUAAAGGAUAUCAAACAUUUUAUCAAAUAAAUUACCAACAAAGGUGCUGA